GGGAGGUGCUCCUAUAUAUAUAUAUAUAUAAAAUCAACAAAAGAGUAUAGGGGGGAUUGAUUAGCCGUUGGGGUCCAGUUGGUGGUCUGUGGAUGCGGAGGUGGUGGCUCGAGGUUCAACAGAGAACCUCCAUGAAAAUGAGUAGAGCUGGGUUGCAGCCAUGGACGCUCCCACAGAGCGAGAGAGAGUAUGGAGUUAUUGAAGCCACCAUCCAGUGCAACCUGAUCAGAGGACUCGUUGUGAGGAACGGCGUAAGAGUUGCGAAUAUCAACGGUGCCAUCAGGCAAGACGGAGCCGAGAAGAGUGCCGAUGAUUCGCUCGGCCUGGUCGGGUCGCCGGACGUAGCAGUCACAGCUGUUGAAGACCAAGUUUUCACCGAGUUAUUCGACUCACAAGACUCACUGAAUUGGGAAACUGAAAUGCUAGAAGCAGUGGAGAGUUCCGUCAAUGGCGGCUUUUCGCAUUUGCAGAGCUGUGGAGAUAGCAGUGAAGAAGAGCUCUCUGUUCUGCCUCGUCACACCAAGGUUAUUGUCACUGGUAACAACCGCACCAAGUCUGUCCUUGUUGGCCUCCAAGGCGUGGUCAAGAAGGCUGUUGGCCUCGGAGGCUGGCAUUGGCUGGUUCUUACAAAUGGCAUAGAGGUAAAACUACAAAGGAAUGCCCUUAGUGUGAUUGAAGCUCCUACUGGUAAUGAGGAAGAUGAUGACUUGGAAUUUGAAAAUGUGCAUUGGCAUGGCUCAGAUAUGGCAUCUGAUGAUACUCAAAAGUCCCAUAGAUCAAGGCAUCGCAUACAUAAAUCAUCUACCUCAUCCCACAGGGCUAUGAGUUUGCCAAACAUAAAACCAGCAAGAGAGAGGGAGCUUGUGUGUUGAUCAUUACCAUAAACCCAGCGAGAGAGAGAGAGAGAGUUUGUGCAGGCGUGUAUCUGUGUGUUGUUUUUGUUUUCAGCUCAGAUGCUCUGUGUCUUCAAGGUGAAGUUCUGCCAUGGAAUUUGUUAGCAACAGAGUGAAUAUAUGUGUAGAGGUCCGGCGGGCGGCCAAGGCAAGGCUGCCGCCCGCCGAUGAAGCGGAAUUAUUAGGUUGUCAACCUAGCUCUGAUAUUAUGAUAUAAUUCAUGUAUUAUUGAUUGAUGUGUAUUGAUUAAUGUA